AUGGGUGGCAGUAUGCAGGAGGUCCUUCUGGCCAGGGCUGCUCACCUGAGCCUUAGGGCCCAGAGUCCUUAUCGAGGCUCCACAGGGCUGACCUCGGUAUCCGGGCCCUCUGAGGCCACGCCUAUAUCCACACGACUCAAAGCCAUUACCAUAAAUCUCAUCCUUAGGUUUUUUGACAUGGCCCCAAGACACCAGCUUCCCUCCCAGCAGCCCCCACUUCAUUUGGCCCAAGACAGCUCAUCCUGCAAGAAACAGCACCAUGCCAUUUCUGCGCACGCCUCCGCCAUCACUAGCACACACCCCCGAAGACCCCACCGUCCAAUUGCGAAAGACUCCUCCAAGCGACGACACUCUGUGCAUGUGCGCCCUCUGUUGAAAAGCUUUAGCAAGUCCCAGCUUCUGGCCAGCGGGGCAUGCGCAGCUCUGGUUACUGUGCGCUAGGAGCUACUCUGUGGGUCAGCACGGUACUCAGGCGCUCCUGGGAAGAUGGCGUGGAUGGGGAUGACUGCCCUGGGUGCUUGGGUAUCUCGUCGGAGGUGGGACUGACCUGCUGUCGUCUUAGGCUUCCACUGGGGCCUCAGCACAUUACUUGCAAGGAAGUCAGAGGGGACGGCACGGUGGGUCCCAGCUCGCAGACAAAAGACAUCAGUCUCUUUCCUUAGUCGACCAGACCUUCCAAACCUGGCUUAUAAGAAGCUAAAAGGCAAAAGUCCAGGAAUUAUCUUCAUCCCUGGCUAUCUCUCUGAUAUGAAUGGUACAAAAGCAUUGGCGAUUGAAGAGUUUUGCAAAUCUCUAGGUCACGCCUGUAUAAGGUUUGAUUACUCAGGAGUUGGAAAUUCAGAUGGUAACGUACAAGAAUGCACAGUGGGAAGAUGGAGAAAAGACGUUCUUUCUAUAAUUGAUGAUGUAGCUGAAGGACCACAGGUGACUAUUUGUGUUAACCAGCUCGGCGGUUGGCUCAUGCUUCAUGCGGCAAUUGCAAGGCCACAGAAGGUCGUUGCUGUUACUGGGGUAGCUGCGGCGGUAGAUGGCCUGGUGACGCGGUUUAAUCAGCUUCCGGUGGAGGUCCUGUGCAAGCUGAUAAAACAGUUUAUACCCACCGGCACAGGAGCCCAUUCCCAAGAUCUCAGAAUCAAAGAUGGCUUUUAAGCAGAUGGAGCAAAUCUCCCCUCUCAACUUGCACUCUUUCUCUUUCUAUCUUUCAAACAAAAGAUAUAUUUCUUGAGGAUGUAUAUCAGUGAGAAAAAAAUCAUCCUAGGAGAAAAUAAUGGAAUUCAAGAGGCAAUGAUAUCAAAAAAAUUACUAAAGCAUAUUGUAAACAUUGA